CUAGCAGGAGAGACAUACCAAAGGCGAUGAUAGCUGCUAGCUCCAGUCCCGCAAUGGCUAUCUCUUCCUCUGUAGCUUCUCCUCUUCCCAGCUGUUCUUCGGUCUCCUCGCUCACCUUGAGGAUUUUGUAUUGCCCUGCUCGAAUCCAUAUUGCAACAUCAUUUUCUAAGAAGAGCAAUCGGGGCCUCGUGUACUGCUCGGUGACGAGUCAACUUGUGGUUGCUUCGUCUCGCCUUCCUGCUCGUAUAGGACGAGCAGGGCGAAAUGGAGAUCUGGAGUUUUGUGUAGUUACCUUCUAUAAGUUUGUGUCAAUUGAAAACCCGGAGGGGGAAGUUCUCAAGCAUCAAGAAUUCCUUCAGGGGCGUGACAUACAUGGUCGAAUAUAUGUGAAUGAGCAAGGCAUCAAUGCACAGUACAGUGGUCCGAUUGAAGAUGCUCUAGCUUAUGCGGAUUGGCUUAAAGAAGAUCCUAGAUUUUCUGAUAUUCUAGUUCAAACUUCACCAGCUUUAGAUGGUCAUGCUUUUCCAAGAUUGAAAAUGCGGUAUAAACCUUCACUUGUACAGUUUGAAGGUGGCAUGUCUCACCUUCCUGUGUUAAACCCUACCAUGCGGGCUACCCUGUUGACACCAGCUGAAUGGAGAGAAAGAUUGCAGGCUUCAAUUAAUCCUUUCGAGCUGCCAAACAAAGCAAGUGGCUCAAAUCAUGAUAGAAGGUCACUACUUCUUGAUGUGAGAAAUGGUUAUGAAUGGGAUGUUGGCCAUUUUCAAGGUGCUGAACGGCCAGAGGUGGACAGUUUCAGACACACUUCUGUUGGGCUUGCAGGUGAAGAGACCGCCACAUUUGAUUUGUUGGCUGGAGUAGAUAAAGAGAAUACGGACAUUCUGAUGUACUGCACUGGUGGCAUUCGUUGCGAUGUAUAUUCUACAGUUCUCAGACAAAGGGGCUUCCAGAACUUAUAUACGUUAAGUGGAGGCGUUUCUCACUAUUUGAAGAGCGAAGGAUCUGCUGGAUGGGUAGGAAAUCUCUUUGUCUUCGAUUCUCGCCUGUCAUUGCCACCUUCUACCUACAAUUCAAACUUAACUACAAAUGUAAGAUCUAAAAUAGUAUCAGAAAGCGAGAGAUUUGCCAAAUGUUACAUAUGCAGAUCCCAAGUACUGGAAUUCAGGCACAGAAACUGUGCAAAUCUGGACUGUAACCGACUCUUUCUGUCUUGUGGUAGCUGUGUCGAGGAGUUCAAGGGUUGCUGCUGCUCUGAUUGCACCCAAGCACGUCGAUUGAGGCCCGUUCUUCCUGGCCACAAGAGAUACCAAAAGUGGCAUCUAUAUCGUGAUGAUGAUUUUUAGAUGUACACUUAGGCUUCGUUUGUGCCGGUUUUUUCACUGUUUUUAUAAGCAAUUUUCAUAUGCAAAAAUUUUUAGUUUAAAAAAUUUUUGUACUAAAAAAUCUCUUUAGAAAGAAAUACGAAAACCGUCCUAAACAAAGUCUUAAUUUUACUUGCAUUUGCUCUUGGAGUUA